AUGAAGCUCUUGAAGCCAACCUGGGUCAACCACGACGGCAAGCCAAUAUUUUCAGUUGAUAUUCACCCUGAUGGGACCAAGUUUGCAACUGGAGGACAAGGGCAGGGUUCUGGGAAGGUUGUGAUCUGGAAUAUGUCUCCAGUCCUCCAGGAGGAUGACGAGAAGGAUGAAAGCAUUCCCAAGAUUCUUUGCCAGAUGGACAAUCACUUAGCUUGUGUGAACUGUGUGCGGUGGUCAAACAGCGGGAUGUAUUUAGCUUCCGGGGGAGAUGACAAACUGAUUAUGGUGUGGAAGCGGGCUCCGUACAUGGGGCCCAGCACUGUGUUUGGCUCCAGGGGUGAGCUUGCCAAUGUGGAGCAAUGGCGGUGUGUCUCCAUCCUUCGGAGUCAUUCAGGUGAUGUGAUGGAUGUAGCAUGGUCUCCCCAUGACGCCUGGCUAGCCUCGUGCAGCGUGGAUAACACUGUUGUCAUUUGGAAUGCCGUGAAGUUCCCAGAGAUUCUUGCAACUCUGAGGGGUCAUUCUGGCUUGGUGAAAGGGUUGACUUGGGACCCUGUUGGUAAAUACAUUGCCUCUCAAGCUGAUGAUCGAAGCUUGAAGGUAUGGAGAACGCUAGACUGGCAGCUGGAGACCAACAUCACCAAACCUUUUGAUGAGUGUGGAGGGACGACCCACGUACUCCGGCCUAGUUGGUCACCUGAUGGCCAUUACCUGGUAUCUGCCCAUGCCAUGAAUAACUCUGGCCCCACUGCUCAGAUCAUCGAACGAGAGGGCUGGAAGACCAACAUGGACUUCGUGGGGCACCGGAAAGCUGUGACUGUUGUGAAAUUCAACCCCAAAAUCUUCAAAAAGAAGCAGAAGGACGGGAGGCCUGCAAAGCCCAGCGGCUCAUACUGCUGCUGUGCCGUUGGCAGCAAGGACCGCUCCCUCUCUGUUUGGCUCACGUGUUUCCAGCGGCCUCUGGUUGUCAUCCAUGAGCUGUUCGACAAGUCCAUCGUGGAUAUUUCCUGGACUCUGAACGGGAUGGGUCUCCUGGCAUGUUCCAUGGACGGCUCUGUGGCAUUCCUUGAUUUCUCCCAGGAUGAACUUGGAGACCCCCUGAGUGAGGAGGAAAAGGGCCGCAUUCACCGGUCCACCUACGGCAAGAGCCUGGCAAUCAGGACCGAGGCCCAGCUUUCCACAGCUGUAAUUGAGAACCCGGAAGUGCUCAAGUACCAGCGGAGACAGCAACAGCAGCAGUCGGACCAGAAGAAUGCCACGGCUAGGGAGCCAAGCUCGGCAUCCUCAGUCACCGGUGUGGUCCAUGGAGAAAGUCUGGGAGAUGUCGGGAAGAGCCUUCUGAAGAAACAAGUGGAAACACGGACAGCAGAUGGUCGGAGGAGAAUCACGCCUCUCUGCAUAGCACAGCUGGACACUGGAGACUUCUCCGCGGCAUGCUUUAACAGCAUCCCACUCUCCAGCUCCCUGGAAGACACCAUGCUCUCCUCUCCUAGCGGUCAGCAGCUACUGCCCCUGGACCCCAGUACCCCCUUCUUCGGCGCCUCCAAGCCCUGCACAGAGCCAGUGGCAGCCACUGGCGCCAGGCCUACAGGCGAGUCUGUCCGAGAGGACAGUGUGACCUCUACUCCUGCUGCACGGUCACCCUUCGUGUUCACAACCCCAUCCAAGAUCGAACCCAUGCACGCAGUUGAAGCCCGAGUCACAGAGCGGUCCAAAGCCACACCCGGUGCUCCUCCCUUGACCAGUGCGAUCCCAACAGCUAUUGAAAGGCUCAAAGAGCAGAACCUUGGGGAAGAGCUGAGACCCCGGGACCUCCUGAAGAGCAGUAGUAGUGACAGUGACAGGAAGGUCCACCUGGCCAAGCCCUCUUCACUACCCAAGCGGAAACUUGAGCUUGAUGUAGAGACGGUGGAAAAGAAGAAGAAGAAGAAGAAGAAAGGUCUCCCUCAGAAGGAUUCUCGUCUCUUGCCCAUGUCUCUGUCUGUCCAGUCUCCAGCUGCCCUGUCUGCAGAGAAGGAGGCCGUGUGUCUGUCUGCACCAGCUCUUGCACCGAAGCUGCCAAUUCCAGGCCCGCAGAGAGCGUUCACCCUCCAGGUGAGCUCUGACCCUUCCAUGUACAUUGAGGUGGAAAAUGAAGUGACCGCCGCCGCGGGGGGGAUAAGGUUCAGCCGCCUGAAGUGCCGCCGAGAAGGGAAGGAGUGGGAGACGGUGCUCACCAGCCGAGUCCUCACUGCUGCUGGCAGCUGUGAUGUGGUAGGUGUUGCCUGUGAAAAGAGGCUGCUGUCCGUGUUCUCUGCUUGUGGCCGCCGUCUUCUCCCUCCCAUCCUCCUUCCAGCUCCAAUCUCUACUCUGCUCUGUACGGGCCCCUUCGUCAUGGCACUCACCGCUGCAGCCACACUCUCCGUCUGGGAUGUUCGCAGGCAGGUGGUUGUGGUGAGAGAAGAGUCUCUGCACUCCAUCUUGUCAGGAAGUGACGGGACGAUGGUGUCACAGGUCUUGCUAACACAGCAUGGAAUCCCAGUGGUGAACUUGUCUGAUGGGAAAGCAUACUGCUUUAAUCCAUCCCUCUCCACAUGGAACCUGGUUUCUGACAAGCCGGAUUCACUGGCCCAGUGUGCAGACUUCAGGAGCAGCCCACCAUCCCAGGACGCCAUGCUGUGUUCAGGACCGUUAGCCAUGAUUCAGGGCCGCAGCUCCAGCUCUGGAAGGCAAGCUGCCCGGCUCUUCUCUGUGCCUCAUGUGGUGCAGCAGGAGACUACACUGGCCUACCUAGAGAACCAGGUUGCCGCGGCACUUACCCUGCAGUCCAGCCCUGAGUACCACCACUGGCUCCUCCUCUAUGCUCAGUACCUUGUGAACGAAGGGUUUGAAUCCCGACUCCGAGAACUAUGCAAAGAGUUGCUGGGUCCAGUUCACUGCUCCACCGGAAGCCAGUGGGAGUCAACAGUAGUGGGUCUGCGGAAGAGGUUGCUGCUGAAGGAGCUGCUGCCAGUCAUCGGGCAGAAUCUUCGAUUCCAGCGCCUCUUUACUGAGUGCCAGGAACAGCUGGACAUCCUGAGAGACAGGUAG